CCGUGGUGUGGUCCAACCACCGCCGCUGCAAGUGUUAGCUGCCAGAGAAGAGAGAAAGAAAAAGCCAGAGCCCCAGAAGCUGUAUCCUGCCUGAGGAGGUGAAAGAGGGGAACCCCGCCAGUGGGAGACAGGUAAUGCACCAAAAAGAUCAUGUCUGAAGUACAAGGAACAGUUGAGUUUUCUAUAGAGCUACAUAAGUUUUAUAAUGUGGAUCUUUUUCAGAGAGGGUAUUAUCAAAUCAGAGUAAACUUGAAAGUAUCCUCACGGAUUCCCCACAGACUGAGUGCCUCCAUCGUUGGGCAAACUGAGAGUAGCAGCUUGAAUUCAGCCUGCGUCCAUGAAAACAUUGUGCAUAGCCGUGUCUUUCAGAUAUUGUACAGGAAUGAAGAGGUGGCCAUAAAUGAUGCUGUGAUAUUUCGAGUUCACUUGCUUUUAGAUGGUGAGAGGGUGGAAGAGGCAUUAAGUGAAAUUGAUUUUCAACUCAAGGUGGACCUGCAUUUUACAGAUAGUGAACAACAACUGAGAGAUGUGGCCGGGGCACCGGUGAUCAGCAGUCGCACACUUGGCCUGCAUUUCCAUCCCCGGAAAGGUCUACAUCACCAAGUUCCAGUUAUGUUUGACUAUUUUCACCUGUCAGUCAUCUCAGUGACUAUCCAUGCAUCCUUGGUUGCUCUACAGCAGCCCUUGAUCAGUUUUACUCGUCCAAGAAGAGGCUCCUGGCUUGGUAAAGGUGGCCCAGACACAGGACCAGAACAGUCUAGCCUUUCUUUGGAGAACCUAGUUUUUGGAGCUGGAUACUGCAAGCCAACAUCUUCAGAGGGGAGCUUCUAUGUGCCCUCAGAAAACUGCAUGCAGCAUGCUUAUAAGUGGCACCGGGAACUGUGCUUUCUACUCUUGCAUGCCUACCGGGGACUUCGUGCCUAUUUCCUGGUCAUCAUGAGGGACAUCCCAGAGCUGCCUCACAUGGAGCUGGAGUCCCUUGAUGUUGAAGAAACACUCUCUCAGCUAUGCUCAGAGCUACAGAUGUUAAACAAUCCAGAGAAAAUAGCUGAGCACAUCAGCAAGGAUCUUGCAUGGCUCACAUCCCAUCUGAUGGCACUUUGGACCCAAUUUCUAGACACGGUGACUUUACAUUCUCAAGUGACUACUUAUCUCACCCAGGAACAUCACAGCCUGCGGGUCCGAAGGUUUUCUGAAGCUUUCUUUUACAUGGAACACCAAAAGCUGGCAGUGCUGACCUUUCAAGAAAAUCUGAUCCAGUCCCAUAGCCAGCUGUCUCUGGAUGUUAGGAACUCUGAGUACCUCACCACCAUGCCCCCACUGCCUGCAGAGUGCCUGGAAAUAGAUGGAGACUGGAACACGCUGCCAGUUAUCUUUGAGGACAGAUAUGUGGAUGAUCCUGCUACAGAGACAGAUAGCACAAUAAAUAAACUCAAAGACCAAGAAGAGGGCCAUAUUAUAAAAAAAGAAACACCUUUCAGGAAAGAGCUGGUGUUGUCCACCAUAAAACAACCUCAAGUUGACUCUACUGGAGAGAUUAUUAGGUGUUUAGAGGCAGAUGAGACUUCAAUCACACAAAAUCAUGGUUGUGUACUCUCUGAAUCUCAGGUGUAUCUUACAAUCGGUGAAUUUCAGAACAAAACCGACUUACCUAAAGAUGAGUCACAAACAGACCAAAGUUCUGAUGUUGGAACACCUUCAGUAACAGAUGUGGACUGGCCCAGAAGGAGUCCAGGCCAAGAGGAAGUCCAGUCCUCACCACUGACCUACCUUGAUGUGAAAGCUAGCAAUAAGAUUGCCUGUAGAGAUGAGCCCACACUGGUCAUUAAUACUCAACAUGAGAAUGGACACUCUGCAGAUAAACAUGACACAGAUGGAACUGUGCUAAGCAGCAGGGAAGUAGGUAGAGAUAAUCAAAAUACUAUCUCUUCAGAGAAAUCAACACCUCAUAAGUUAUGUGUUACAGGAAAAGGAGAUGACCAGGAAAAUAAAGUUGUGCUAUUAAGUCUAAAGCUUGUGCCACCUGAACCUUGUGACACGGUGAAUUUUAAUCUGGGGGAUCCAUUGGAUAUUAGAGCUUCCUCAAAGGACCCUCACAAAGAACAAGAAGAAGUAUCCUUGCUUUCUGGGGUCAUUAAGAGAUCUUUAUCUGUCAUCUCUGAUUCAGGCAUUGAGAGUGAACCAAGUUCAGUUGCCUGGUCUGAGGCUCGAAGCAAGGCCCUAGAGCUACCCAAUGAUCGGGAGAUCUUACACCAGCUGGUUCGAAGACAUGCUCUUCACAGAAACUCUUUAGAAGGUGGGCACACAGAGAGCAACACAAGUUUGCCCAGUGGAAUUCAGGCCUCACUUACCUCUAUUAGCUCUUUACCUUUUGAGGAGGAGGAGAGGGAGUUGGCACUCAACAAACUGACCAAGUCUUUAUCUGCACCACAAAUUAGUAGCCCAGAAGACUCUGUGGAAGAUGCAGUUGCUCUGUGUCAAGAUAAAAUUCUUGAUGAUGAUUCAAUUGACCAGGUCAAUAGCAUAGAUUCUCCAGAACAUUGCUCUCAACUUUGUAAUGGCCCCAGAAUCAAGGAUGACAGGGCAGAAUAUUCCUUUGUAGAAGUGGUGUUAGAUGCUAACUAUCAGCAAGACCCUGGUUACAUAGACAUAAACCAAAGUAAAGAGAGUCAGUUUGAUCCUCAAGAAUUCUGUUGUCCUGAUGACAGGACUAAAAAUACCCCAGGUGUUGAAGCCAAAGGCCAGAAUUAUCAAGUACCACAUGCUAUGGCAUUGGAAAACUCUAACAACAGUUCUUUCCUGACAGUACUUAGGGAAAUCCCAAAGAACAUUGCCAAAGACUUGAAUGUGGGCAAAGGUGCCUUUUUCCAAAGCACCAACUUAGAAAAUGAGAAAACCACCCACCACCAGGUGCCUGAACUAAAUUGUAUGUCAGCUGCUGAAGCCAUUGAUCUGGAUCCAGUGAGUGAGGGGAAUGAUGAUACUGUGUAUAGUAGAGACAUCUCUGACAUCUCUGUGAAGGUUGAACACAAAACAGGCACUGUGUGCUCCACUGUAACUCCUUCCCUUCCCUCCCAAACUUUGGGAAAUCAAGAGCCAAGGGCAUGCAAUUCCAUAACAAUUUCACAGCAGAACUCUUCAGAGACCUUCACCCUGGACAACCUAAAGACUGUGGAGGUCGUCAACUUAUCUGUGUAUUGUACUGCCACGUGUCUUCCUUUCUCGUCUGUACCCAAGGAAACUCCAGCUAGGGCCGGGUUCUCUUCCAAACAGACCCCAUCUCCCAUCACUCAUCAACCUUUGGGUUCCUUUGGAGUUGUUUCGACCCAUUCCAGCACAGUGGAGGAGGGAGUCAGUGAAAGGAUGUUUAGUUUUUAUCAGGCCAAAGAAAAAUUUAAAAGAGAACUGAAGAUUGAUGGAUUUCUAUACAGUGACUUAUCGGUAUUAGCCUCUGACAUACCAUAUUUCCCACCAGAGGAAGAGGAGGAAAACUUAGAAGAUGGGAUUCACUUGGUUGUCUGUGUCCAUGGUCUGGAUGGUAACAGUGCAGACCUGAGACUAGUAAAGACUUUUAUAGAAUUGGGACUUCCUGGAGGAAAACUGGACUUUCUGAUGUCUGAGAAGAAUCAGAUGGACACAUUUGCAGACUUUGACACCAUGACAGAUAGGUUAUUGGAUGAAAUCAUUCAGCACAUUCAGUUGUACAACCUUUCAAUAUCUCGAAUUAGCUUCAUUGGCCAUUCUCUUGGCAACAUCAUCAUCAGAUCAGUCCUAACAAGGCCCCGGUUCCGGUAUUACCUCAACAAACUCCACACAUUCUUGUCUCUGUCUGGGCCUCAUCUGGGGACCCUAUAUAACAACAGUACCCUGGUUAGUACAGGUCUGUGGCUCAUGCAAAAAUUGAAGAAAUCUGGAUCUCUUUUGCAAUUGACCUUCAGAGAUAAUGCUGAUCUGCGCAAAUGCUUUCUCUACCAACUCAGUCAGAAAACAGGGCUGCAAUAUUUUAAAAAUGUUGUGCUCGUCGCCUCUCCCCAAGAUCGCUACGUGCCAUUCCAUUCAGCUAGGAUUGAGAUGUGUAAAACUGCCCUCAAAGACAGACACACAGGGCCAGUUUAUGCAGAAAUGAUUGAUAACCUUCUGCGUCCUCUGGUGGAAGCAAAGGACUGCACUUUAAUUCGACACAAUGUGUUCCAUGCCUUGCCCAACACUGCCAACACCCUGAUUGGCAGAGCAGCUCACAUUGCAGUUCUGGAUUCUGAACUCUUUCUAGAGAAGUUCUUCUUGGUUGCAGGACUUAACUAUUUCAAGUAGUGUCUUUGUGGGGCUAGGACUUGGUAGCUCGCCAGAAAUGUUUAAGAACUAUUGAAAGUUUUAGCUGAGGCAUUCUUUUAUAGACAUCAGCCAUUCCAGGUUGGAGCUCAAAGAGGAACGCAUAAAAAAAUGGGACCAACAUUUGAGGUGCUUUCGUGUUGGAAACCUGAGAAAAAUGAACCAGUAAUAUAAAAUAUGACUGAGACUUUGCCUGACAUGUAUAGCUACCUGGAAUAUUAUCUAAGAAACAUUCUUAAAAAAAAAAGUAUGUGGGGAAAGAAAAUGCAGAAUCCCCAGAGUUGAUAAGCCACUGGCUUACAGAAAUCGCUCCAAUUUUAAACAAAAUUUGUUCAGUAUGUUACUAGCUCAUAGCUUUAUCAUUUUUAUUAAAUAAGUGCACACAAGCAUUUCAGAACUCAGGUUAAUCUCUGUGCGGAAGUGGAACAUAUUUUGUGUAAAUAUAGUCCUUGCUAUAUUCUAAUGUACCACUAUGUGAUGUCCAUUUUCUCAUUCCCUUCUCACAUUAUCUCAACAAGGGACAAAAGAAUGCUUUAUAAACUAAUCUUAUUUUAUAACAUCGGUGGUUGGGGGGGUCUUUAAAAUUCAGGGGAAUAGAGGUGAUGCUCUUAGUAAGUUUGUUUAAAAAGACAAGAAACUAUAAAGAAUAGGUGGGAUCAAUUUUUCCACCUCCUACCAGACUCCCAGACUCUUUCUAUGCACUUCUAUAGUUCACAGUAUUAUUUUUAUGAUUGCUUAAAUAUGCCUGUCUUAGAGAAAGUUGACUUAGACUUAAUGUAGCGGAAGGGAAAACUAGAGAUUAAAGUGCAUGUGUUUGAGAGGCUCCUGCUGAUACACUUCCAAAAAUGC